AGUGUAGGGUGUCAGAGGCUGGACUGCAGUCAACAUUACAAAUGUAAGGGGAGGACAAAUCAAGAGGCUAUCAGAAGAGUCAACACACGAGGAAGAAGACCACCACUGAUUAAGCGGGUGUUCCUAAGGACUGACUGUGGAUCAGCUGUCCAGAUGAGAGAGUGGAGUGAGUCGGAGAUGACCAUGUCUGCCGGUGGUUACCUCUCCGCCUUUGAUGGAUACGGCAUCUCCGAGCCUCUGCAGUACUACGAUGUGCUGGGGGACCCUUUGGGCUACUCUUUCCAGGAGCCAGACCUACAGGGCCUAGCCUUCAGCCAACAGCAGUACAGCCCCGUCAACCUGCAAUUCUCUGUCUACGAACCACCGUCCUCCCAGCCAUGCCACCCACCCUACACCCACCCCUACAGUCCCCACUGCCUGGAGGCUCCCUGCGAGCCCAGCCCGGAGCCCCAGUGUGGAGGCCUGGGGAAGGGGGGUGGCGGAGGUCUGCCCCUGGUCAAGAGGACCAGGCUGGGCCCUGGAGGGCGGGUGAGGGGCCUGGAUGAGCUUUGUGUGGUGUGUGGAGACAAAGCCUCUGGCUACCAUUACAAUGCCCUCACCUGUGAAGGCUGCAAAGGUUUUUUCCGAAGGAGUGUGACAAAGAAAGCAGUGUACCGGUGUAAAAGUGGCGGAGGCUGUGAGAUGGAUAUGUACAUGCGGAGGAAGUGCCAGGACUGCCGCCUGCGGAAAUGUCGUGCUGUGGGCAUGCUAGACGAAUGUCUGCUGACCGAGGUGCAGUGCCAGUCAAAGAGGCUGAGGAAGGGAGCCAAGCACAGAGGAGGAGGGCCUGAGGAGGAGGAGAACAUGGAGAGCAGGAGCGUCAGCUCCACCAACAGGCUGCUUGGACAGGUGGUGUCUGCAAAUCUGUCAAGAGAACAGAAUCAUGUGCUGGACAGGAUGGUGGAGGCUCUUCGGCAGUACAGGGCGCAGUACACUGUACACUGUAGGGUGUUUGAGUGGACUUGUACAGAGGAUGGUGGAGACAGACUAAUGGACGUGGCCUCCCCUCCCUCUCAGAGGCUGCUGCAGUUUGCCAAGAGUGUACCUGGCUUUGAGCUCCUGAACUGCUCGGACCAGAGCACCCUCCUCUCUAGUUCCUCUGUAGAAGUCAUGUUUCUGCUCUCAGCGCAGCAGUUCACCCAAAACCCGGCAGCCUAUAGUCCAGCAAUAGAGCCUUUCAACAUCUCAACUCAUCAUUGGCUGAAAACCUUGGAGUCCAAGGAAAACAUUCAUAGUGGGACUGGCCCUCUAAACCCAGGAGUCAACGAGGACCCGCUUGGACCGGUGAUCAACUUCUUCCACAGCAUGGCAGCAUUGGGGGUGACCGAGGCUGAAUAUGCCCUGCUCACUGCUACAGUACUGCUAUGCUCAGCAGACGAAGCGUCGCUGCGGGCGGUUGCGUGUGUGGAGAGCUUACAGGAGCUGAUCCUCGAGCUGCUGUCCAGGGUGUGCGGAGCCUGGUGUGGAGCCCAGGGCCCUCAGGGAGCCCAGCGCUUCGCUCGCCUGUUGGGGAGACUCACGGAGCUGCGCACGCUACAACACAACCACCUCACCCUGCUCCGACAGCAGCCCUGACACAGAACCCAAACCGGCUGCGCACGUGCGCUAUCGUGCAUACAUUUAUUUUGCCCCCCCACACCAAACGCGAUCACGACACGCAGGUUAAAAUAUCAAAACAAACUCUGAACCAAUUACAUUAAUUUGGGGACAGGUCGAAAAGCAUUAAACAUGUAUGGCAAUUUAGCUAGUUAGCUUGCACUUGCUAGCUAAUGUUAAUUUGCCCUAUUUAGCUAGCUUGCUGUUGCUAGCUAAUUUGUCCUGGGAUAUAAACAUUGAGUUGUUAUUUUACCUGAAAUGCACAAGGACCUCUACUCCGACAAUUAAUCCACACAUAAAAACGGCCAACCGAAUCGUUUCUAGUCAUCUCUCCUCCUUCCAGGCUUUUUCAUCGUUUAACUUAUAUGGUGAUCGCAUCUAAACUUUCAUUGUAUUACCAUGACUACCGGCAAAACAGUUUGUCUUUCAAUCACCCACGUGGGUAUAACCAAUGAGGAGAUGGCACGUGGGUGUAACAGUAUAACUUUACACCGUCCCCUCGCCCCGACACGGGCGCGAACCAGGGACCCUCUGCACACAUCGACAACAGUCACCCACGAAGCACGGUCGUUACCCAUCGCUCCACAAAAGCCGCGGCUCUUGCAGAGCAAGGGGCAACCCUACUUAAAGUCUCAGAGCAAGUGACGUAACUGAUUGAAAUGCUACUAGCGCGUACCCGCUAACUAGCUAGCCAUUUCACAUCCGUUACACUCACCCCCCUUUCAACCUCCUCCUUUUCCGCAGCAACCAGUGAUCCGGGUCAACAGCAUCAAUGUAACAGUAUAACUUUACACCGUCCCCUCGCCCCGACACGGGAGCGAACCAGGGACCCUCUGCACACAUCGACAACAGUCACCCACGAAGCACGGUCGUUACCCAUCGCUCCACAAAAGCCGCGGCUCUUGCAGAGCAAGGGGCAACCCUACUUAAAGUCUCAGAGCAAGUGACGUAACUGAUUGAAAUGCUACUAGCGCGUACCCGCUAACUAGCUAGCCAUUUCACAUCCGUUACAUGGGUACCUGCUUCAAUAAACCAAUGAGGAGAUGGGAGAGGCAGGACUUGCAGCGCGAUCUGCGUCAGAAAUAGGAAUGAGUUCUAUUUUAGCCCUUGGCGUCGCAGACGCUCGUUGGCGCAUGCGAGCAGUGUGGGUGCAAUAAUUGAAUAACAUGGAUUUCAAAAUGUAUUUUGCGAUGCUCGCGCACGCGACGUUUCCGGUCUGGUCAGCAUGUGGGACAGUCAGACCUGAGACAGACAGCCCUGAGACAGACACUGAGCACGGAGAGACAGUGAUACAAAUAGUUUAACUAAAGACUUAGUUAAAUAGUUCAAAUAAACACUUAAUUUUGUAUGUUUUCUCGAAUUUGUACCCAAAAAAUGUAAGUAACACUAUUGGCCAUUUAUGAUUAUGCUGUUUAUCAUAAAAAUACCAUUAUUUUGAGUGACUGGUUUUUACUGUAAGGUUUAAAGUCACAGACCAGUAUUAAACCAAUAUGAGUUUUAUUAUAUGGAGUACACAGAUGUAUUAAAAAAAGUAUUUUAUCAUACCUUGGCA